UUGCGAGGGAAAACUAUCAACUACCCCCAAACAAUAGUCACAUUAAUUUUAGACCCUUGUUUUUGAGGCCUUGACUGGUGAGGGUGGUGAGCUAAUUUCAUGACAACAUUUAAUAGAAUUUUCAAUCAUUUUUUCCCCUUAAAUAAAUGUCGUCUUCAUCUCAAUUUCCCAUGUUUCUUCUUUCCUUCUUCUCGAAUCAAGUCUUCUUCUUGCUUCUCUCAUUCUUGUCUUUAUUCAACAUUGAGUUCAAGUUCUAUCAUGGAGGUGGUAAAAGCCGUUGCAACUCAGUGCUCGUCAGCUAGUAACAAUGUCGCUAUAAGAGCUGAUAGAAAAAGUUACAGCUACAAGCAACUCAUCUUGUCUGCAGAAAGGAUAUCUAGUAUUCUGUGUACUAGUGGCUUUCAAAGUAGUUCUGAAGCAAAGCAGCUUGAUCAUGCUUCUGUUUCUGUUGAUGGCCUUAAAGCCAGUAAAUCUCUUGAUGGGACUCGAGUUGGAAUUGUUGCAAAACCUUCAGCUGAGUUUGUUGCCAGUGUACUGGGGACUUGGUUGAGUGGAGGAGUUGCUGUUCCACUUGCACUUAGUUACCCGGAGGCUGAGCUCCUGCAUGUGAUGAAUGACUCGGAUGUCUCCAUAGUGCUGAGUACUGAAGAUCACCAGGAGCUUAUGCAAACCGUUGCUUCUAAAAGUGCUGCUCAUUUCUCUCUUAUCCCUUCAGUUCCGAGUUCAACAUCAAAAACUACUCCCAAUGGUCAUCCUGAAAAUGAACAGUCGGAUGCAAACACAAAUUUGAAGGGAUUUGAAAUCUUGACUAAGAUAGAAGAGGAAGAUGCAGCAUUAGUCAUUUACACAAGUGGAACGACUGGUAAGCCUAAAGGUGUUGUUCACACACACAGGAGCGUGUUGGCACAGGUCCAAAUGUUGACAGAAGCUUGGGGAUACUCUUCUUCGGAUCAUUUUUUGCACUGUCUACCAUUGCACCAUGUCCACGGUCUUUUCAAUGCUCUAUUGGCUCCCAUUUAUGCAGGUGCCACAGUUGAGUUCAUGCCAAAAUUUAGUGUCAGUGGAAUCUGGCAGAGAUGGCGUGAAUCAUAUCCAGUGGAAGAGACAAAAGUUGAUGGUGCUGUGACUGUCUUCACUGGAGUUCCAACAAUGUAUUCUAGAUUGAUACAAGGUUAUGAAGCAAUGGGCCCUGAUGUACAGGCUGUAUCCGCCUCGGCUGCAAACAAGUUGCGACUCAUGAUGAGUGGAUCCUCUGCCCUCCCAUAUCCUGUUAUGCAGCAAUGGGAAACAAUUACAGGGCAUCGCCUUUUGGAACGCUAUGGCAUGACCGAGUUUGUCAUGGCACUUUCUAAUCCCUUGCGAGGCUUGAGAAAAGGAGGCACUGUUGGCAAACCACUUCCUGGCGUAGAGGUCAAGAUUCUAGAAGAAGAAGGCAGUGGAAAUGAAACAGGUGUUGGUGAGCUUUGUGUCAGAAGUCCUUCAUUGUUUAGGGAAUACUGGAAAUUGCCUGAGGUAACAAAACAAUCAUUUACUGCUGAUGGGUUCUUCAAGACGGGUGAUGCUGUCACUACAGAUGAGGAUGGCUACUUUAAAAUUCUGGGAAGAACAAGUGCUGACAUCAUGAAAGUUGGUGGCUACAAGUUAUCCGCAUUAGAAAUCGAAGCAGUUCUUUUAGAGCAUCCUGCAGUUUCAGAGUGCUGUGUAUUAGGGUUGGCAGACCAAACUUAUGGAGAAGCUGUAUGUGCGAUAAUUGUGCCACCGGCUGAGAUCAAGAAGAAACAACAGGAAGAUUUGAAGCCCGCUUUAACCCUAGAAGAACUCUGCUCAUGGGCAAAAGAGAGGCUUGCUCCUUACAAGCUACCAACAAAGCUAUAUCUUUGGGAAAGCCUUCCUCGUAAUGCUAUGGGAAAGGUGAACAAGAAAGAAUUAAAGAAAACACUAUCUGCUGAAGGGUAAUUUCACUAGUCUGCAAUGAGCCAAUGAUAGCUAGCAGUUCUGGAAGCAGUCUCUGUAGGUUCCAGUUAAAGAGAAGCUUGCAAGGUAUAGCUAAAAUUAUGUGAUAUUGAAGAAAAUUAUUUUCUCCAGGCCACUGUGUGACGACCAGAUGCUGUCGACUGUGGCAUCACACACCGGCAGGGAGUCCUAUUUUUUAUUGUUACAGGUGUAUGGUAUAAGAAUUGAUAUCCAAAGGGCAUAAGAAUUAUUCUUCCCACAUACAGAAAAUUUUGUACUGGUAUCAGCUUAAUAAUCUAUUGAAGUAGGAAAUUAAUUUUACAAGUGUCA